GCAAUUUCUCCCCUCCGCCAUGCCAGUUCACGCCCAGCGUUGACAUAGAAGCUUGAGCAAGAGGACAUCUCACGUCUGAGCUACUCUCUCCAGAUCCAGGAGAAAUAGUUUUUCAGUCUCUAGAUCCUCUUCUACUUUCAUAUCAGUUCAGCCAGUUUGAUCAGGGUGGAAUAGAGACUUAAAAUGGCAUGCUGAUUUAUCAUUGCCCUUUGCAAAAUAACAAAUACAAUGGCAGAGACUGCUAUUCUUCUAGUCAUAAAGAAAAUUAGCAUAGUCGUGGCAGGAGAAGUAUUACACCUAGCAAAGCCCUUGUUUGCAAAGAAAUCUGGAUUAGUUGCAGCGCUCCCGACUAACAUGGAAUUUAUAAAGGAAGAACUUGAGAUGGUACAUGCGUUUCUGAAGAAAAUUAGUACAAGGGAAUGCAGUGAUAUAGUCUCGGAGACAUGGAUAACGCAAGUUAGGAGGUUAGCAUAUGACAUUGAAGAUAUCGUGGAUCAGUUUAUCUAUAUUGUUGCUGAACACCAGGGGAAGGGUUUCUUGAGUAAUUUCAAGAAAGUUAUCAAAAGACCCCAGUCCUUGUUUUCAUUGGAUGUGAUGGCUAUUGAGGUUGAGAAAAUGAAACAGAGACUCAGGGAACUGUCAAGUAGGCGAGACCGGUGGAUACAAGCAAAAGUUAGUGGGAUCGAUGUUGAGAUACCAAACUAUGAAAAUAGACAAGAGGCAUAUCAGUUCAGACACUGUCAAUCUGACAAUGAUGAUGACUUUGUCGGCGUUGAUAAAUAUAGGGAACUCCUAAAUAAGUUGCUGUACUCUGAAGAUUGUUCAUUGCGUAUAAUAGCUGUUUGCGGUAUGGGUGGAUUAGGCAAAAGUUCUCUUGUUCAUAAUGCCUACAAGAGUGAAAGGUCCCCUUUUGAAUGUCGGGCAUGGAUUUCUGUUUCACAAUCCUGUGAAGUUGAUGAUAUUUUGAGAAACAUGUUGAAACAACUCUGUGGGAACGACAACAAAAUACAGUCCAAGGUCGCAAAAAUGAAAAAUGAUAAAUUAAGAGUAGAAUUGAAGAAAUUUCUGGAGAAAAAGCGGUACAUGAUUGUACUGGAUGAUGUAUGGAGAGGUGCAGUUGCUUUGGAAAUCAGAAAUCUGCUUUUGAACAGUGGGACGAGAAGCAGAGUAGUCAUCACAACUAGAAUUGAUGAGGUAGCUUCAGUUGCUGAAGAUGCAUGCAAGAUCGAGCUUGAGCCUCUAAACAAGCAUGACGCGUGGAUUUUAUUCUCAAGAAAGGUGUUUUGGAAAAUAGAAAAUCAGGUUUGCCCUCCAGAAUUACAGGAGUGGGGUGAAAAGAUAGUGAAGAGAUGUGCAGGCUUGCCAUUAGCUCUUGUGGCAUUAGGGAGCUUAUUAUCACUACGAGAUAAGAGUGAAGCAGAAUGGAAGUCCUUUUACAGUAAAAUUACAUGUGAAUUGCAUAACAAUCCGGACAUAAACCAUGUAGAGUGGAUUUUGAAUUUAAGUUACAGGCAUCUACCGUAUUAUUUGCAGAACUGUUUCUUGUAUUGUGCUAUGUUCCCAGAAGGCCAUCUCCUUAAGAGAAAAAAGCUUAUUAGAUUGUGGAUUGCAGAGGGGUUUAUUGAACAAAGAGGAACAAUCAGUUUGGAAGAGGUUGCUGAAAGCUAUCUCAUAGAGCUCGUCCAUCGGAGCAUGCUUCAAGUCGUAGCCAGGAACAGUUUUGGUCGGAUUCGACGUCUCCGUAUGCAUGAUCUUGUACGCGAAUUGGCCAUAAAACUCUCUGAGAAGGAGUGUUUCAGUUCAGUCUAUGAUGACACCUCAGGAGUUAUAAAGAUUGUUUCUGAUUCGCGCCGUAUGUCGGUCCUCCGAUGCGAGACAGCCAUCCGAUUGACCAUGGAUUCAUCGAGACUUCGCACCUUAUUAGCAUUUGACAGAACCAUGCUUCAUUGUUCAUGGUCUCAUUACAUCCCAUCCAAAUCGAAAUACCUUGCAGUGUUGGACUUGUCAGGCUUGCCUAUUGAGACCAUCUGCCAUUCAAUUGGAGAACUGUUUAACCUUAAGUAUCUGUGCCUCAAUGACACCAAUGUGAAGUCACUCCCAAAAACUAUCAACAGACUUCAGAGUUUAGAGACCUUAAGCCUUGAAAGGACUCAGUUAAUAACUUUCCCUCCUGGGUUUGCUGAACUAAAGAAGUUGCGGCAUGUACUUGUCUGGAAAUUGAUAGAUACUGCACAGUCAAGUUUCAGUCAAUCCUUAGGUGUCCGAACAAAUGAAGGCCUUUGGAAUUUGAAGGAACUGCAGACUUUGGAUGAAGUCCGAGCUAAUGAAAAAUUUAUCAGCAAAAUGGGAAAUUUAACCCAACUAAGGAGUCUUUACAUUUCAGAUGUAAGGAGUAAAUACUGCUCACAGCUGUGUUCGUCUACGUCGAAGAUGCAACAUCUCGUAAGGUUACAUGUAAAAGCAAUCAACCAGGAUGAAAUUCUCAGUCUCGAAUCUUUGGCAUUGCCUCCUCAACUUCAGACGCUUGAGCUGUCAGGGCGGCUAGCAGAAGCUGUGGUGCAAUCUCCAUUCUUUUCAGCCCAUGCAAAUACCCUUGUCAGAUUAAGUUUAUGUUGGUGCAAUUUUGCAGAAAACCCGAUACCCCAUAUCUCUAAAUUAUCAAAUUUAACAAGCUUGCGUCUGAGAAAGGCAUACACCGGCCAGCAAAUAGGGUUCAGUGCAGGUUGGUUCCCAAAGUUGAAAGGGAUGGCCUUGGUAGACAUGGCAUAUGUUCGUCAGAUUUAUAUAGAAGAGGGAUCUUUAAUCAAUCUCGAGUAUCUGAACCUGAAUGGUUUCAAUGAAUUAGCUGAUGUCCCUGAUGGAAUCGAAUUUCUCCCAUCCAUACAGAAGAUACUUUUCAGUAGCAUGCAUCCUGAUUUCAGGGUCAGUUUGCAAGAAAGUGCUAGAAUGGGAAGGCUAAAACAUGUCCAUGUCAUGUAUAGGCAGUAAAAAGGUCCACGUUUCAACCGAGGAGUCUCUCUCGGACGAUUAGCACGGCAGGAAAUAUGUGACGUCACUAUGGCGUGUGACAUCACAUUUUCGAUCCUAGGCGGGAUGAAUAGGUUCAGUACAUUCUCAGCUCGACUAUCUCUCUGUAUCUAUGCUUAGUCGGUUUAUAUACACCCGAGUUCAUGUUGUUGAUGUGCAUUUAUCUCAGAAUGAAUCGAUCUCUAGUCACUAGAGAAAACAUAUCAUAAUCAUUCGUAUGACCAAGAUACUUGCAAUGUUCUGGGAUGGAAUCUGUCCACCAUUUGUUCGCUA